AUGCGAAGGGAGGUUCACGAAGUCGGAUUUCCGUCCAAAAAUCUUCAGAUUUCCAGAAAAGAGGUCACCACGACGCCCACAACAACAGAAACCACAGGUUAUUUCAGCGAUUUGACCGACUUCGACAUAGGUCCUCCAAUCGUACGAACAGCACCGAGAUUCGCCCAAUUGGUGACAAGCAAGCAGAAUCAGGUCUUUCGACCGAGCAACCGAGGACAAAGCGCAGUCCAUGAGGUUCAGAUUCAAUCGAGCCAACUCAAUCUCCAUCCGAACAAUGUUGAGCGCAGCCGUAGUGCCAAUGGGCCGGCCAAGGUUGAUGACAUCGAUAGUGCUGUUACAUUUUCGGACCUUUGGAGUUCGGCAUAUCGUGAAGCAGUUGAGAAUCUGCGAGAGGAAUUAGAUAUUACUAUUUUAAAGGGAAAGAGUGUUGCACAGUUGUUCGAAAAGCUUGAAGAGAUCGACAAGGAUGUCACUCAUGAGUCCGCUUUUGUGCGAGGUGUAAAAUACUUGCAUUCUAUGCAAAAAUUAGCAUUAGAUUCGGCUAGUCCUCUGGCAAAUCUUGAAGCGUUUGCAACGACGGUUGUCGGCGAGCUCAGAAGUGUGACAGCAAUCGCUAUCAGUGUUGCAGCUGCCGACGUGGAGUUUGGGAAGCAGAUUGCGGAAAUGUUAAAGCGGAUCUCUUACAUCGAUGAUUGUGACACCCUCGGUCAAAAAGCUGAUAACAAGGAUAUACACAAGGUAAUCAUUCUCAGAACUGUUUCAUAA